UCUACUGGAUUUGGUUUGGAGAUCCUGCUUGGCGGUGAAGAUCAUGGCGGGACCAGCGGCUCUUCUACUUUUGUUCCUGCUGCAUGGCUGUCUGACGGAACAUGUUUUUCUCAACAGCCAGCGGGCCUCAGAGGUUCUGAUCCGAACACGACGAGCAAACCAGCUGUUUGAGGAGGUGAAACCAGGGAACCUGGAGAGAGAAUGCAUCGAGGAAAUCUGUGACCACGAAGAGGCCAGAGAAGUGUUUGAGGAGCCAGACAAAACAGAAGUCUUCUGGCAGAAAUAUCUGGACUGCAAGGGAACAACACUGCUACGAACACAGACCAACAUCGACUUGGUCAAAGAUUGUAUCAAAGGUCAGUGUAUUUCCGGCAAAGGCCUCAACUAUGAAGGAGACGUCCACAUCACAAAAUCUGGUAGACUCUGUCAAAGAUGGAGUAGCGGAUUCCCGCAUCCCAUAAUAAGGGAAUUCAACGCUUCAGAACCAGACAGCAUCCUGAAGGAGAACUUCUGUCGGAACCCAGACGGACGAGAUGAAGGACCCUGGUGUUUCACUCAGGACCCAAUGGUGCCGAAAGAGACCUGCACGGUUCCAAUAUGUGGGCAAACCUUUGUCCCCCCCACUGUGGCCCCUGCACCAAAAAGUGCGAGGGACUGUACACUGGAUAAUGGCGUGGACUACACCGGUGACCUGGCCGUGACCAUGGGAGGCCACACCUGCCUGCAAUGGUCCCUUCCAGAAGUCAAGAAGCUGAGCCAGGGCAAAGACUUUUUACCCGAAGUCAGUCUGGAGGGCAACAAGUGUCGUAAUCCUGACAACGACCCAGAAGGCCCAUGGUGCUAUAUUCAGCGAAAGGAGAAUGUGACAGUGGAUUACUGCAAUUUCCAUCUGUGUGAAGAAGAACUGAUUGACUAUGAGUCGCCGCCACAGUCUGCUGGUCGCGAGCGCUCUAUCGGCGCACCUGCCAGGAAGGCAUUUUUUAACCCUCGUUCGUUUGGGAAAGGGGAGACCGUGUGUGGAGAGAGGCCCCUGUUUGAAAAGCAGUACAAGGAAGAUGCCAAUGAAAAGCAGCUGCUGGAAUCAUACCAACAGCAACGCAUCGUUGGGGGUACCGAUGCCGAGGUGUCCUCAGCGCCAUGGCAAGUCAUGCUGUACAAGCGAAGCCCUCAGGAGUUGUUGUGUGGCGCAAGUCUUAUCAGCGACCAGUGGAUCCUCACAGCCGCUCAUUGCAUCCUAUAUCCUCCCUGGAACAAGAACUUCACCAACAACGACAUCUUGGUGCGCUUGGGCAAACACAACAGGGCCAAGUUUGAACGUAACAUUGAGAAGAUUGUGGCGAUUGACCAAAUCAUCGUCCACCCGAAGUACGACUGGAGGGUGAAUCUGAACCGAGACAUCGCACUACUGCACAUGAGGAGGCCGAUCGUCUUCACUGACCAGAUCCACCCCGUCUGCUUGCCCAACAAGAAGGUGGCCAAAAUGCUGAUGAAUGCAGGAUUCAAAGGUCGAGUGACCGGCUGGGGAAACCUGAGGGAAGCCUGGAGCUCGUCUGGGAGAGACUUGCCGACGGUUCUUCAGCAAAUCCAUCUGCCCAUCGCCGAUCAGAGCAUCUGCAAAAGCUCCACGAGCGUCAGGAUCACUGACAACAUGUUCUGCGCUGGAUACAAACCUGAAGACUCAGAGCGAGGUGACGCCUGCGAGGGUGACAGUGGUGGACCCUUUGUGAUGAAGCAUCCGGAAGAAAACCGUUGGUACCAGAUCGGAAUUGUGUCGUGGGGUGAAGGAUGCGAUCGUGAUGGAAAGUAUGGCUUCUUCACGCAUGUUUUCAGGAUGAGCAGGUGGAUGAGGAAAGUCAUUCAAAACUCUAAUGACGAAGACUAGAGUGUGAAGCAAAUCAUGCAAAUAAAGUUUGUCCUGUUCAGAAAUGAUUUUAAUUGAUAGGACACAACAUGCAGCGGCAACAUUCAUCUACAUUUACAAUAAAUACACAUUUCAGUUCAUAUUUUUGUAAGAAAUGUACCGUGUAAAAGUAGUUUCUGGCUUGCAGAUGGCAACACAAGCCACCAUUCAUCACAUUCCAUACAUGUCUCAGCUAUAUGUCUUUAGGAUGUCGUUUGUGCUCCAAAUUAUGCAUGAUUUGUUAAAUAAACAGUUGCUUAUCUGUG